AUGUCUGCAAGUUCGUCACAAAAAAGAACAAGAACAGCUAUUAAUAUUGCAAGCCACUUUAAUUCUCAAGAUCCUAAUUUAAAUUUAGAUCAGACUACAAUUUCUAAAAUUUUAAAAGAUAAAACAAUGAGGCUUUGGAUUGAACAAGUUACUUGUGGUGAAAUGAUUAUAACAGAAUUAAUUAUUAAAGAAAAAACAACAAUAUUCACACAAGCUUUAAAUUUGGGUGAUGAUGUCUUAAAAUUUUCAAAUAGAUGGAUUCAUAAAUUUAAGCGACAUAAUAAUCUUAGAAAUUUUUGA